UAUGUUUAUGUAUCCUAACCGCUGACAGAGAGGAUCCUCUCUGACACAGCCAAGAUAAGCAUGCACAGGAAUAUUGAGAUCAAAGCUGUAACUCAAGAUAUUGAACGUACCAUUUCUAAAGCCACAGAACUGAGCGAUACAACUCAGACUGUAAUUGAGCAGCAUGAUAUCUUCUUCAAGACAAAGGAAGGAAGAUUAAAAUUACGAAAGUUUAAGGAUGGCACCGCAGAGUUAAUUUUGUACAAGCGACCUGACGUUCCCGGGCCAAAGUUAUCCACUUAUGACAGAGUCCCGCUGAACGCAGGUAUCGUAGAGUCAAUGGAAGAUAUCUUGUCCCGAUCCAUAGGUGUGCUAGGAGUUGUAAAGAAAACGAGACUCUUAUUUAUUGUCGGACAAACUCGAGUACACAUUGACAAAGUCGAUGGCCUGGGUAAUUUUGUAGAACUAGAGGUAGUGCUGCAAAAGGAUCAAGAUAUAAAAACUGCACAAAAGAUCGCUGACAAUCUCAUGGAAGCAUUGCUCAUAAAAGAGGACGACUUAAUCGCAGAAGCAUACAUAGAUCUGCUUAAUUCCAAAACAUAAAUAGCAUUUGUCGUGCUGUUUGUUCCUUUUUAUACAUACAGAUUAAAAAAUGACUGAUUUAUUCACUCCAAAAUAUAAGAGUAUAAAACUGUUCUAUUUUUGACAAUAAAUUACGUGCGUCUUGUGUAA